AUGGUCCAGAUUAAGGCUGGAGACCUUUGCGGCAAGAAGGAGGAAGUGCUUCAAGAGCUGGAAGUCCUGAGGGUGGGGCUGUCCCAGCUGUGCGUCCCCGAAGUGACAGGCAGCCCAGCCUCCAAGUUCUCCGAGAUCCGAGCUGUUCACAAAUCCGUCGCCCGUGUUCUCACCGUCAUCAACCAGGCUCAGAAAAAGAACCCCGGGAAACUCUACGAGGGUAAGAAGUACCAGCCCCUGGAUCCACAGCCCAUGAGCGGAACCUGA